AUGUCCACACCACUGGAGGACGCGAUGGACACCUUGAUCAGGAUUUUCCAUCACUACUCUGGGAAAGAAGGAGACAGAUACAAGCUCAGUAAAGGAGAACUCAAGGAGCUCCUUGCCAGUGAGCUCACUGACUUCCUUUCAGGCCAAAAGGACCCCCUUCUGGUUGAUAAGAUCAUGAAAGAUCUGGACUCCAAUAAAGACAAUGAAGUGGAUUUUAAUGAAUUUGUCAUUCUGGUUGCUGCUUUGACUGUGGCAUGCAACGAUUUCUUUGAAGAACAGCUGAAGACAGAGGGAUUUUAA